AUGAGUGACGAGAAGGUUGGACCAGUUGAUGUGAUCUUUAUAUGUGAUCGAUCUGGGAGUAUGUGUGGGAAAGGAAUUGAGUCUCUCAAGAGUGCUUUACAACUCUUUUUGCGACAACUUCCAACAGACAGCACAUUUGACAUCAUUUCAUUUGGGUCACAAUUUGACUCGCUGUUUUCUGGUCUCAAAAAAUACGACGAGACUUCUUUUGACUUUGCGUCGAAAGCUGUCGAGAAUUUUGAAAGCAACUAUGGCGGAACAAACAUCUUGGAACCACUAAAAAGUGCGAUGGCACAGAAAAGUCAAAUCAUUUUACUGACAGACGGACAGGUUAGGCAAAAUAAAAAGAUUGAGAUUCUCAAGUAUUUAGAAGACAACAGAGGAAAGGCGAUAGUCCAUUGCAUUGGACUUGGCAACGGCGUCGACUCAGACUUAAUCAAAGACAUUGGAAAUGUGGGUGGUGGCAUUUCUGUUGUAGUCAGAGACACCAAAAAUUUGCGAAGAGAACUUUCAAAAAUUACUAACAAGGUCUUGUUGCCUGCAAUCAAAAAUGGGAAAGUGACACUCACAACCGGUGUUUUUGAAGACGGGAAAAGUGAAGAAGUUGUUGGGAUCUUCAACAAAGAGACUUUUGCGUUCUUCGAUACAACAAGUGACUCAAAAGUUGAGGGGACGUUAACUGGAAAUGUUGGAGAGAAGAAAGUGACAUUGACGUCCACCGAAAAGGUACGAAUUAAAGACACCAUUCUGGGACAAUUUAAAGCAUUCGAGAAAUUGAAAGUGUUGGAGUCGAAAGAGGAGAAAGAGAAGUGUGUGAAAUUGUCACUAAAAUACAACGUCCUGUCUAAAUACACAACUUUUGUUGCAAUAGACAAGUCAACUAAAGUGGAGACAGACUCAGUAAAACAAGUUGAUAUCAGUCAAAUAGAACACAAUCAAUCCAAACCAACUAUUAUUAGAGGAGCUUAUGAGUUUGUACCGCCAACCCGAUCUUCCCGUUAUAAACCGGAAAGAGAAAGAGGCAAAAAAGACGUCGAUGAUACCGAUAAAAAUGAGUAUAAAUAUAAUCAGUUAAUCAACAAACAAAAAUUUGAUGGAAGAUUUGAAAAUGUUAUCUCUAUUUUUGAUGAAUUUGAACCAAUUCAAAAAAAAUUUGUGAAUGAAAAAGUGGACACACAAUGCGUAACAACAGCAAUUGCAAUUGUGAUACUGAGAAAGUAUUAUGCUGAUAGAGAAGUCGAGUGGGCUUUGCUUGAGGAAAAAGCAAUGAAGUACCUUGCUCAAUUCGGAUACGGCGAAGAGCUGGUCAAUAAAAUCAUUGAAGAGACCAAGUCAUGA